AUGUUUCUUCUCCGGCCACGAUCCUCCAAGUCUGUUACCACUCCAAUUUACAAGAUCCACCAAUUCAUCUCUUACAAUGUUUCAACUCUUCCAAAUCCCUCCGCCGUGACCGUUCCUUAUCCAAUCCCAAGGGAUCCCUCCCUGAGUCCCGUACCACCGUAUGAGGAGCACAUGACGAGCACAGGUUGGUUUGCCUCUCACAUACACGCUGGAGUCAUGAUGCUGAUCAAGCUAUCUAAUCUCGAUGCGGCGGCUAAUCAUGCUCGUUUCACUGUCUCUGCCCGAUCAUCACCAUCUUCCACUAGGACCUGCGACGCACUCAUUGGAGCCAUGUGUCGUGCCGGACGGUACAAGGACGCAUUGAAUUACUUCCAUUACUUUUUCAACGAAUCAAACCUUAAACCUAACAUCUCCUGUUGCAACCACAUCAUUGGAGCUCUCUGUCACCAAGGUCAAGUCGACGAAGCUAUUCGUUUUUACAACCACUUAUUGGUGGUUAACUCUGCUUCUACUCCUCCGAACGAAGAAACGUAUAAUCUCUUGGCCAAGGGAUUGGUUGAUGCCGGAAAGAUUAAAGAAGCAGAGGAUUUUGCCAUUGGGGUCAUGUCCAGCGACCAACUGAGUCCGUUGGUGUUCAAUCAUCUGAUUCGUGGCUUUUUGGCUCAGGGAAAAUUCGAAACGGCCAUGGAAGUUUUCAAAGACGCGCAACAGAGGUUGGGGGCUUCGCCUAUAGAUGACGAAGUUUCCGACUUGAUUCAUUUCCUCAUCGAUGAGGAUUACAAUGGAAUAGCGAUGAUGAAUGCUACGUUUAUAGAGUAUUGGUUCAAACAAGGUAACGAUAAAGAAGCUAUCAAGUGUUACAAAUCUUUGUUAGACAAGAAUUUCGUAAUGAAUGCCGUUACUGGUAAUACCCUUUUGCGAAUACUGCUUGACUACGGCAAGAAAUUGGAAGCUAAGGAAUUGUUUGAUCAAAUGGUGGAGAAAAAUGCAGAGACGUGUUACAUACUUGUCGACGAUUGUUUCAAGAACUCGAUGAUUAACGAAGCGGUCGAUUAUUUUCGGGGAUUUGGAACCACCAUCAAUGGUUCACAGCUUUGUUAUAGGAACAUAAUUAAUCGAUUUUGUGAACAAGGGAUGUUGUCUGAAGCAGAGUCUUUCUUUGAAGAAAUGCGGUCCAAGCAAUUCAUUGUUCCAGACAUCCCCACUUAUAGAUUAUUGCUCGAUGCCUAUGCCAAUACGGGGAGAUUCGAUGAUGCGGAACGAAUGGUGAACCUUACCGUUGAUGCAAAUAUCAAGUGUAUUGCUAAGUUUCGUCUCAUAUGA